AUGGAAUGUAUGACGAUGGUUCAACCCACCCACCACUUUACUUGCAGACUCCAGUACUCCAGUCUGACUUCCGUUGCAGCGGCCAGCCCAAAGUCACCAAAGCCCACCCAGCCCAUGCCAACUUCCCGCGCGCCAACGCCAACGCCAACGCCAACGUCAACGCCAACGCCAACGUCAAACGUCAACGUCAACGGUUUUCCUCUCGCCCUCCGUUUCCCGCAACGCAUAUCUACACGGCCAUGCCCAGCCCGUCUGCUUUUCCCCGCGCCGUUGCAGUGGAGAAUCCGUCAGCUGCCAGCUUUUCAACAUAGAGCAGCAGCAGCAGCAGCAGCAGCAGCAGCAGCAGCAGCAGCAGCAGCCUUGGUCCUGCGACGUGUUUGCGUCUUGACGCACAUGGUAUGA